AUGUCUUCGACAGCUGGGCCCGCGAUGCCUCCGGCUUCGGCUGACUUGGCAACGACAUGGGCUUUCCUCGAAGAAGGAGUGGAUCAUAUCAUGACCAAGCUCCAGACCGGCGUGAGCUAUAGCAAAUACAUGAGCUUAUACACUGUGGCGUACAACUAUUGCACGUCGUCAAAGAUGAGUGGCGCGUCAUCAGACCACCCGACCGGGCUGAGCAACCGUUCAGCUGGGGCAAACCUGAUGGGAUCCGAUCUUUACAACAACCUGAUUCGAUACUUUGUGUCACAUCUGAAAACGCUGCGUGAAGCAUCGGACGCGCUCCAGGACGAAGAACUGCUCCGAUAUUAUGCUCGUGAGUGGGAUCGGUACACCACCGGCGCGAACUAUAUAAAUCGGCUAUUCACCUACCUGAACCGUCACUGGGUGAAGCGAGAGCGCGACGAAGGACGGAAGGGCGUAUACCCUGUGUAUACAUUGGCUCUCGUGCAAUGGAAAACCAACUUCUUCAUGCAUGUACAGCAGAAGAACACGAAGCUUGCUGGUGCCAUCUUGCGAUUGAUCGAGCAGCAAAGAAAUGGCGAGACAAUAGAUCAGGGCCUCGUCAAGAAGGUUGUUGACUCAUUCGUUUCCCUUGGUUUGGACGACACCGAUAUCAACAAAGCGUGUCUCGAUGUAUACAAAGAGCACUUCGAGGUUCCCUUCAUAGACGCCACCGAGAAAUACUACAAGCAAGAAUCCGAGUCAUUCUUAGCCGAAUCCAGUGUUUCCGAUUACCUAAAGAAGGCCGAAGAGCGACUUCGGGAGGAAGAGGAUCGCGUUGAACGAUACCUACAUACCCAAACCCGUAAACCUCUCAUAAGCAAAUGCGAACAUGUUCUCAUUAGAGAACACUCCGAACUCAUGUGGGAAAGCUUCCAAAGCCUGCUCGAUUACGACAAAGACGAGGAUCUGCAACGCAUGUAUGCUUUACUCUCUCGGAUACCCGAAGGCCUUGAACCCUUGCGCAAGAAGUUCGAGGAGCAUGUCAAGAAGGCCGGAUUGUCUGCCGUCACAAAGCUGAUUGGGGAGGGUGCAGAAAAUGUGGACUCGCUUGAUCCGAAGGCAUACGUAGAUGCUCUCCUCGAGAUUCACCAGAAGAACUCUGAGACCGUCACUCGAAGUUUCCGGGGUGAGGCGGGCUUCGUCGCAAGUCUCGACAAGGCUUGCAGAGAGUUCGUCAACCGAAACGCCGCCACCGGGACGUCAACCUCGAAGUCGCCCGAACUUUUGGCCAAGCAUGCGGACAUGCUGCUCCGCAAGAACAACAAGAUGGCCGAAGAGGGUGAUCUCGAAGGGGCAUUAAAUCGCGUUAUGAUUCUCUUCAAAUAUAUCGAGGACAAGGACGUCUUCCAGACGUUCUACACCACCAAGCUUUCGAAACGCCUCAUCCACGGCGUCUCCGCUUCCGACGAAAGCGAGGCAAGCAUGAUCUCCAAGCUCAAGGAAGCCUGCGGUUUCGAAUACACGAACAAAUUGCAACGCAUGUUCACCGACAUGUCACUGAGCAAGGACCUCACCGAUUCCUUCAAGGAGAGAAUGCAACAGAACCACGAUGAUAUGGACAUCAACUUCAGUAUCAUGGUUCUUGGCACGAACUUCUGGCCUCUCACCGCUCCGAACAACGAAUUCAUCAUUCCCACUGAGAUCCAGCCAACCUACGAACGGUUCCAGAAAUACUACCAGACGAAGCACUCGGGUCGAAAGCUUACAUGGCUCUGGAACUACUCGAAGAACGAACUUCGGACGAAUUACUUGAACCAGAAGUACAUCCUCAUGACGAGCUCGUACCAGAUGGCGAUCCUCCUGCAAUACAACAACAACGACACUCUUUCAUUAUCCGAACUUGUAGCUGCGACGUCCAUCAACAAGGAUCAUUUGACGCAGAUUCUAGCUCUCUUGGUCAAAGCGAAGAUCCUCAUCAACGAAGAGACAGACCAAUACGAUCUAAACCCCAACUUCAAGUCGAAGAAGAUUCGUGUCAACCUGAAUCUUCCUAUCAAGGCCGAAGUCAAAGCGGAAACAACGGAUGUGCUCAAGACGGUAGAUGAGGACAGAAAAUACGUCAUACAAGCCACGAUCGUUCGUAUUAUGAAGGCUCGAAAGACGAUGAAGAAUCAGGCCCUGAUCCAGGAGGUUAUUUCUCAAAUCUCGCAACGCUUCGCCCCGAAGAUACCUGACAUCAAGAAAGCCAUCGAUACUCUAUUAGAGAAGGAAUACAUUGAGCGUGUUGAAGGUACACGAGAUACCUUCGCUUAUGUCGCCUGA